AUAUUUCAAAAUUUACAAACGCCAAAAAGAUCUGGAACACUCUAGAACAAAAUGGCGCGAUCCAAAUCCAAAUCCAAAUCCAAAUCCAAAUCCAUCAUUAUUUUCCUUUUUCCUACAAAGUAGCUUUUUUGAUAUUCCUAAUUGCCACAAAUCAUCUCUCUGUUUCAACUACCAAUUCAACUCCUUCAAUUCGAAAUCCGUUGCUGAAUCUCUGAGAUCGAACCUUCAUCAAUUCCAACUUUCCUAGUCGUUUAAGUUGGUGAAUUUUUGUUCCAUGGCUGUGGGACUGGAGGAGGAGUCGGAGUCGGAGAGGAAGGGCGGAGUUGCGCUCUUUUUUCCAGCAAAUGACGACGACACUUCGUCCGCAUCGUCUUCUACACCUCCUAAGCUUCCCCCCAGGCUUCGCCGUCGCCUAAUGGAAUCUAAGGCGGCGCCGUCUACUGCUGAGGAGAUUGAAGCAAAGCUCCACAAGGCUGAUCUCCGUCGUCAGGCCAAGAGGCAAAGAGCUGGGUAUUUGAUGGAGAGAAGAAGAACAUAUGAUAUUGUUCGUGCUAAUAUGAAAGGGAUGGCUAAGCAGGAGCCAUCGGCAAUUAUAGCAAGAUUCUGGAGGAGUUUUGUGCAAACGAGAAAAACUACUUUUGCUUUGGCAAAAGCAUUUCAAGAAUUAGAUAUUACAGCAGAAUUUGUGAAGUCAAUGGAAUUUGAGCAGCUUGCUUCUAAGAUCAAUGCAACUCCAACCAUACAAACUGUAAGGGCUUUACUUGUUCGCAUAGAAAGUCGAUUUACGAUCUUGAAAACAACUUCUGGAAACAAAUUAAGCAUUGAGAAGGUAGAUCACCUUCUCAAGCGUGUUGGACUGCAUGGCAGAAGCCGCAAUCAAGUAAGCAAGACAAGUAGGUCAGAGACUGCUGGCUCAAGGAAAGCUGCAAAUAUUGCCUCUAAAUUAUCUAGAUACCCUGCAAAAGUAGUGCUUUUUGCUUACAUGAUACUGGGGCAUCCAGAGACAGUUUUUAUUGGGAAGAGUGAGGUUGAAAAUGCGCUGCUGGAGUCUGCAUCAAAUUUUGUUCAGGAAUUUGAGUUGUUGAUUAAAAUUAUAUUAGAGGGUCCCUUACAAACCUUUCAUGAGGAGCAAUCUUCCACACCACCUUCGUUUAGAUCCCAGUUGGAGAUAUUUGACAAAAGAUGGUGCUCUUACCUUCAUCACUUUGUGGUGUGGAAAGACAAGGAUUCUAUAUUUUUUGAGGAGAAUAUGAAGGGUGUUGCACACCAGUUGGAGCUUUUUAUGGCGCAAACUUCUAAGCUGAGACUGGAAGGUGAUAAUGGUAAUAAGCCACAUGAUGCACAGGUCAACUCAGAGCUGAAGAUAAUGAGAGAGAAGUUGCAACAACUUGGGAGUUUAGAAAAACCUUUAUCUGUUGCAGGGUCAAGCUCCUCGGGAUUGGAUACUGAAUAUACUACAGGGUUCCAACAAGCAGAAAGUUCUAAGUCAGUGCAACAUACAAGCUCCAGUGAAAUGCUAGUCACUGAGAAUGAGUUAGUUGCAAAUGAGAUUGUCCAUGAUUAUCACCAUUUCCCUACAGUCACCUCCAAUGCUCCAACUGAAGCUGAAACCAGUUUUAAGGCAAAAUUGAAAAAGACGAUGGAAAAAGCAUUUUGGGAUGGCAUCAUGGAAUCUAUGGAAGAAGAUGAGCCUGAUUUCAGCUGGGUUAUCAAGGUCCUGAAAGAGGUCAGGGAUGAAUUGUGUGAGAUGUCUCCGCCAUCGUGGUGUUCAGAGAUUGCUGAGAAAAUUGAUAUCGAGAUUCUAGCGCAGAUUCUAAAUUCAGGGACUCUAGAUGUGGACUAUUUCAAACAACUUCUGGACUUUAGUGUAGUCACUCUGCAAAAACUUUCCGCUCCAGCUAAAGAGAAAGAGAUGAAAGCAAGUUACCAGAAGCUGAUGGAAGAGCUAGGAGAAGUCUCCUUUUCUGGAGAGAACUUGAAGCGUUCAUUUGCUCUCUUGAUGGUCAGAGGUUUACGCUUUGUUCUACAUCAGAUUCAGGAUCUAAAAGAAGAAAUAGCAAAUGCACAUUUAAGGAUGGUGGAACCGCUCAUCAAGGGCCCUGCUGGUUUGGAGUAUCUAAGAAGUUCAUUUUCUAAGCGAUGUGGAUAUCCUACCGGUGCACCUACCUCUUUACCCCUCACAAGGCAAUGGCUUUCAUCUGUUUGGCCGGAUGUGGAGCUGGAAUGGAAAGAAUACACUGAUUCUGUGGCUGCUGCUAUGUCAAGAAAUGCAGGAGUUCAGCCAGAGAUCCUGCCUUCUACCAUACGAACUGGUGGAAGCAGUCUGAUUCCAUCAAAGAACAGCUCGACGUCAGGAACAAGUAUCCAUGGCAAAGAACAGCCAGAGUGCAAGGGGGAGAGACUUGAUUUAUUAAUUAGGCUCGGGCUGCUGAAAUUAGUAAAUCAAAUAACAGGACUCAGUGGUGAUACUCUGCCAGAGACUCUUAACCUUAAUCUCGCAAGGCUCCGGAUGGUUCAGUCUCGACUACAAAGGAUUAUCGUCAUUUCUACCAGCUUGUUGGUCAUGCGCCAAAUUCUUCUCAACGAGAGAUUGGUAUCCAACCUGAGUGAAGUCGACAAUAUAUUAUCGGCAUGUGCCAAACGUCUCUGCAUCCUCCUAGACAAUGUAGAAAACGCAGGAAUAGAGGAGAUUGUUGAAGCCCUCGGUUGUGUAUUAGUUGAUCGCAUUUCAGACCCUGAAAAACUCCAAGCAAGAAAGCAGAUCAUAGCAAAUAUGUUGAUAAAAAGCUUACAAGAAGGCGAUGUCAUAUACACUCGGGUUUCACGGAACAUUUAUCUGGCCAUGCGGGGUGUUGUGCUAGGAGGAAGUGGCCGAAAGGGAAGGCAACAGGCAGAGGCGGCUCUUGUGCCUAUAGGAGCCGGAGCUCUUACGAAAAAGGUGGUUGAAGCAGCAGAAGUUCUAGUUGUGAUGGCUGUUGUGUCUGUAAAUGUUCAUGGAGAUUGGUAUAGGGAAUUGAUUAAAAAGUGGUGAGAUUCCUUUUUUUUUUUUUUUUCUUUUUUAAUUUGUGAAAUAGAAAUAGUUUGUCA